UAUGGCCUUACAGUAACAGUAAACAACUUCUUCACACGCAUUCUCGCUAAUAUGGUGUUUACGGUUUGAUGCAGUGUUUGUGAACAAAUGAAGAGGUACAGAGAAUCUCAGACUCCUCCCUGGGGAAGAUAUCUGCUGUCAGCCCUCCCCUCCCCUGGAAAAGAGUCGCGCUCUUGUUCCUGUCUUCAUCAGUGGCAUCUCAAACCGAUGACAAAAAGCUGUCGACCCCGCACGGAGUUGGAGUUGAGAUCUGUGAUUUUUAAAUGUGUAUGGUUAUAUUUGCUCCGAUUUUUGCCAUCUGUGCUUUUGCAACAUGUGGAGGAUACUAUGGUCACCUCCAGGUUAAAGUGGACUGUGCAGACAGGAGGCAGGGUAACCUCAGCAUCAACAUUGAUUUUGGCUACCCCUUCAGAUUGAAAGAAGUGCAUUUCAAGGCUCCCCUGUGUGACGCGAAGAGAGAUGAGAUUCUUUUCCUGGACGGUGACUUUUCCUCACCUGCUCAGUUUUUUCUGACCGUGGGUGUUUUUGCUUUCCUGUACUCCCUGCUGGCAACCAUUGUCUAUGUCUUCUACCAGAACAAGUACCUGAAGUACAACAGAGGCCCGCUUGUGGAUUUUCUUGUUACCCUCACCUUCUCCUUCAUGUGGCUGGUCAGCAGCUGCUGCUGGGCCAAAGCUCUUUCGGAUAUCAAGACGGCCACAGACCCGACACAGGUGCUUCUGCUCUUCUCAGCCUGCAGAGCUCAGGAGAACAAAUGCACAGUUAUCCAGGAGCCUCGCUGGUCACGUCUCAAUACAUCCGCGGUUUUUGGUUUCGUAAAUGUUGUCCUCUGGGUUGGAAAUAUCUGGUUUGUCUUCAAAGAGACAGGUUGGUACAAGACAGGUCAGAGAUAUCCGACCAGGAGCGCUUCUGGGAAACGUGCCAGUGAGAUGCGACAGCGGCUUUACAGCGAGAGCAGCUUUGAGCAGUCGGAGGAGAGUUUCGCUCCACAGCCGUCCAGGCAAGACAGUUUCAAUCAGUCAAAGGUGGAGUUAAAAGGUGGAGGUCAACAUGUACACAGGCAAAGUAGCUUCAACCAGCCCCAAGUAAAUUUGAGCUUACCACACGCAUAUCUCGGUAAACAAGUUGUUUAUGACAGGGAGAACACAGAGGUUUCCAGGGGCCCGAUGAUAUUUGUCAAUGAGAUGUGAUUUUGUUUUUUUUGGUGUCAUGCUGUGAAUACAUCACACAUAACUUGAAAACACUGAGUGGUAAUGAUGUUUUUCUCCACUGGAUAAAUUAAUGUACAUCUGUUGAAAAACAAAAAAACAUUGACGUCAUUUCUUUCAUCUCCCAAAGCAUUAAUCUGCAAUGUUUCUAGUCUGUUUGUUUUCAUUUAUCUUGAAAACUGAAUUUUGCCAAUAGGCAGGUGUGGCUGUGUUGCUCUGUGAGUCUCAGAAAUUUGACAGUCAGACGGAGAAUUCUUACUUCAUAAAACAAAUAAUAAUACAAAAAAAAAAAUGUGUUGCCACCUUUCUGCCCUUUGGAGCACAUUGUCAAUGCCUUUUUAGCCACUGAUAGGGCCAUGAAUUUAUUGCUUCAUUAAGAAGGACCAAAAUAAUUACAAAUCAGAAUGAAUAUGUAAAAAUUAAUUUGGAUGCUUUUUUUUAUAUUUUCCUUUCCUCCAGUGUUGAGGUUUGCGUGCAUGUAAAAUAUCUUAAAAGUUAAGAAGGAAGAAGUCCCGCUUUUUAAUUUUGUGACUUUGUGACAUCACACUACAUUGAGGAGUCACAGAUUUGCAUCAUUUAUGCCUAUAGUGGCUAGUUUGGAACCUAAGAAUUGAUUUAGCAAAGCAGCUCUGGGAUUUUGCAAAGCCGCUCUGUCAGCUGUGCUGGUUCAGGCAUGUGUGAGCUGACCAAUCAGCGCAGACAUGGCAUUUGGGAAUUGGUGGCCUUAAAGAGACAGGAGCUAAAACAGAGUGUUUCAUACAGAGGGGAACCACAAUGCUGCAGCACUGGACAGUAUGAGAAAAGCUAUUAAAAGCAGUAAAGCAUGUAAGCCUAUUUUUGCCGAACCCUAAAAUAGAAUUAUGAAACUGAAAAAUCUAACUGUCAUUAAACAACUAGAACAACCACCACACAGUGGUUCUGACCCUUGACUACUCGGUAGACAUUAUUACAUAAUUACAUGAUUACACAGUACUCGUGUGUCACACCACACCUGAAAAGUUACCUGACUGCAUCCGAACAAAUUUUUGCCAGGUGAUAGUUACCGCCACAAAAAGUGUCUGCAGGACCACAUUUUACCAUGAUGACACACACAAAGACUCACAAACUGAAAACAACACCAGCCAACACUUUGGCAGCUGUUAGCAGAUUAGCAAAUUACAUAAAGCUGGAGAGACCUGAUUUUGAAGCAGUGUACCUUUAAACUUUAACACAGACUGUAACAUAACUGCUAACUUUAGCUUGCAUAGAUUUAAAGAUUACAUUUUCAGAGAUUACAUGGCAUUUAAUUACUUCAUAUAUGGUGGAAAGUAUUUACAAGUCCUACAUAGAAGAUAGUUUUAAGAGUUUGACAAUUGAGGUGAGCUCAGAUGUGGUCUUCUUGAGAAUUUGGUGUGCAAUGGACUCUCUGUGUGAACUUCAUCAUUAUUGUAACCGUAUGUUUUCUUUUAGUUUUUGAAGGUUUUGACCAUAUGAUUCUCUUUGAAUUAUUCAAAAUAAAAUUUGAGAGGAAAAGAAAAAACAGUGAUUGCAUUAGCAUAGUGUCAGGACUUUCUACCUGCUGUUGAUAUUGAACUGGUUUCUCCUGAUUUAUUACACAUGUUUUUAUGUUAGCUCUAAGAAGAAAAUCCUUUUUGAGGAAGCCAAUCACUCAAAUGUACAGUAAACAUUAUAGGCCUAUAGAGUAUGUUUGAUAGAAAAUGUGUACAGUGUGAGUUCAGUAAUGUAUGUAACCACCGUGCUCUGAAUAAAUAUUUAAUAUCUGAUCAUCA